AUCUAAAUUAUGGCGACCGAUGUUACUCCACAAGAUGCGCCAGCACCAGAUCCCGUCCAAGUAGCCGGUGUAGCGCCGAUAAAGAAGGAAUAUUUGAAGCCUAAGAAUGAUCCAGCAAAACAAAAUAAGCGUCAAUAUGACCAAGCUCUCCUCGACGAAGCUGAAGAGCAGGGUGCUUACCAAGAAGAAAACUCCGAGCGAGAAGCGAAGCGUCUGAAAUUAGAAAAUCAACCCCAAGAACUCGCGGCUGAUGUCCUCAGCAUUCCAACAGAUGAAUCGUCCAAGUCGAAAAAACGCCAACGCGGUCAAAAUAAAAAACGCGAUCGUAGUGCGGUCUGGGACGAGGUCAAAAUUUGCAACGAAGUCGCUCAAGGCAAAACCUGUGAGAAGGGUAAAAACUGUCGCUGGUCACACGAUAUAGAUGCCUAUCUUGCGAACAAGGGAGAAGACCUUGGACCUAAUUGUCCUCAGUUCGACUUGUUUGGUCAAUGCAAGUACGGUAUAAAAUGCCGAUUUGCAAAGGCACACACUGACAACGAGGGCAAAAUGAUUGUGGAUAAAGAGAAGACAGCCAGCAUAACGGAGGCAGAUGUAUUCAAAAAUGCUGGGCUGAGGGAAUUUCAAAAAGCGCUGCGAACGAGAAAGAUUGAGCUGAAGAAAGCGGAUGAAUACACUACUUGGUACAACGCAGCGAAAUUGAGAAGGCAGGAAAUCAAUGAGGGAAUUGAUAUACCGCCAGGGAUGCAAUUGCGGCAGUCCAAUGGAACAUCCAAUGGAACAUCGGGUGAGAAUGAGGGGUUAAAUGGCGAUGACGGCGGUCUGCAGAUUGAUGUCUCACGAUCAGAGACUGCGACGGAUGGUUUGAUGGACGCUAUUGCCGAGCUCACCAAAGUACCGAAUAAGGGGGACGUGCCCAAGCAAGCGAACAAACCAAAACUCAAGGAAAGGUUUGCCAACACAACUAUCUUUGACGAAAAGCAUCGUGAAGCUCGCCGUAAGAUCCUAGAAAAGUUCGAUCACGAUCCCGCCACAAUUCGCUUCCGCUGCGAUAGAAAGAAGCCCCUGGAUUUCCGCGGGAAGACCUAUCUCGCUCCUCUGACAACCGUCGGAAACCUACCAUUCCGCCGCAUUUGUAAGUCGUUUGGCGUUGAUAUCACCUGUGGGGAAAUGGCUAUGGUCACCAACCUACUCUCUGGCCAACAACAUGAAUGGGCAUUGACAAAACGACAUGUCUCUGAGGAUAUCUUUGGAGUGCAAAUUGCGGGAAAUUCCGUGCAAACUAUUGCGAGGUGUUGUGAGGCGAUUAAGGAGUCGGGGAUUGAAGUGGACUUUGUGGAUUUGAAUUUGGGCUGUCCGGUGGAUAGUAUCACAAAGAUUGGAGCUGGAAGUGCGUUGUUGGAUCAGAAAGCCAAGCUGUACGAUAUUUGUGCAGGGGCAAACUACGUGCUUGGCGACACCCCCUUUACGGUGAAGUUGCGAAAGGGUAUAUCAACGUCCAAACCUGUAGCGCACAAGCUGCUUCCCCUCUUCAAGCAAGCAGGUGUGUCCCUCGUCUCACUUCAUGGUCGAUCAAAAGAACAGCGAUACACAAAGCAGGCCGACUGGGCAUACAUCAAAGAGUGUUCCAGCGCUGUCAAUGAUCUACCUCUAUUCGGAAACGGCGAUAUCCUUUCCCCACAAGAUUAUUGGCGCCAAAUCGAAGAGGAGCAUCUGGAUGGUGUCAUGAUUGGUCGUGGCGCGUUGAUUAAACCAUGGAUCUUCACUGAAAUCCGUGAACGACGCGUGUGGGACAUCAGUUCUGGAGAACGUUUCGACAUGCUUAAAGACUUUGCCAAAUGUGGGUUGGAGUAUUGGGGCUCAGAUACUAUGGGAGUCAACACAACCCGCCGAUUCAUGUGCGAAUGGAUGUCAUUUUUGUAUCGAUAUAUUCCGGUGGGAUUGUUAGAGGUGUUGCCUCAGAAGAUUAAUGAUCGGCCACCGGCGUAUUACGGACGGAAUGAUUUGGAGACGAUGAUGGCGAGUCCAAAUUCGAAGGAUUGGGUGAAGAUUUCAGAAAUGAUCUUGGGGCCUGCGCCGCCUUCAUUCAACUUUGUGCCAAAACAUAAAUCGAAUGCAUACGAAAAUGACAAUUACGAAGGGUGAGCUAGGGGUAUCAUAGUCAUAGCAUAGCCUUGUAGAUAGAGUUCCCCUUCAAGCCAAAUAGGCAUCCAGCUCUGCAUCAGGUAAAUACACUAUGCAGCCAAUGAGUUUGUUUGUCACAAUACUUUCAAAAUAAAGUUGCACGCACCUUCUCGAUGAA